CGCUCUGCCAGCCCCGGGCCUCGGUGGCCAACUCUGCCAGCUCAAAAGUCACCUUUGCUUCAGCACUUCAUCGGUCCGGUCAGAGCUCACCCCAAACCCCCUCCCGCUCAGCCCAGCAGGAACCAGGAACCGUCCCCUAUUGGGCAAUCAUUAAUCGGAUUCUUGGCAUUCCUCUGCCCCAGGUCGGCUUGGGAACAUGCUCCCCAGAGGAGGAGGAGCAGAGGCCCAGGACUGGCAUCUGGACAUGCAGCUGACGGGCCAGCUGGUGCUGUCCGCUGCUGCCCUGCUCCUGCUGACCGCAGCCUACAGGCUGUACAAGUCCAGGCCAGCCCGGGCCCUGCCGCGGCAGGGGGGCACCGAGGCCGGGGCAGAGGGGGCAGCAGGGGACUCCGGGCAGCCUGCCGUCCAGGAGGCUGUUCCCCGGGCGCCACAGUGGGACCUGAGACGCCGCAGGGGAAGCAAGGGGGGCGCAGGAUUGCCGGGCUGCUGCUGGGAGAACACGGAGGCCUCCAGAGUCCCGGCCACCGGAGCUUCCUCCGCAGCCUCAGAAGCUGGAGAGGCUGGGAAAGCUGGGAGGAAAGGUGCUGGAGCGGAGCACUCUGGGCAGCGCCUGGAUGCUGACCUGGCAGCUCCUCGGUGCGGAGGCCAGGAAGCCGGAACAGCUGUGGACGGUAGGCCCGAGCCGCCCCACCACUGCCAUCCGUGCGGCGAACCCCUAGUCCCCACCGCUGGCCUCCCCACCGUGGAGAGCGGCCGUGUGGGCGGUGAGCUCGCUCCCUGGUGGGACAGUGGACCCCCCAAGCAUCCAGGGGGCGGGGAGCAGGAAUCCCCCCAUGAAGGUCAGGCGGCCUGCCCUCAAGGCCGGUGUGACGUGAACAACAGCUGGGUCUUUACCCAUGCGUCAGGGGUCCACAGGGAGGAGGCGGGGGCCCUCCAGGCUGCCUCGGACCUGGGCCUGGCCCUGCGUCAGCGGGAGGGCAACUCCGACGCCUCCUACACCUUCUCGCCCGUGGCCCGGGCUCGAGUAGAGGAGAGUCUCAUACCGGAGAAGGUGGAGGGGAUCAGGCCCAGGCUGAAGGGCAAGGUGUAUGAUUACUACGUGGAGUCCACCUCUCAGGCCACCUCCAGGAGCAGGCUGGCCCCCGGAACAGCCGCCCCAGUGGGGGCUCCAGCCCCCGAGUCAGAGUCUGAGCCCCUGGGAAUGAGGACAGCGUCUGAAGGGCCCGCCGAUGACAGAGAGGGCGGACCGGAGACCGCCGCCUCUCCCCGGCCUGUCCCCUCCCCCUCCACGCGAGGCUUCAGCCGCAAGGAGAGCCUCCUUCAGAUCGUGGAGAACCCGGAGCUUCAGCUGCAGCUUGAUGGCUUUGGGGGCCCUGUUUCAUCCCGCCCAGACCAGAGUGCCCUGCCCGGAAGCCGCGGGAAACCUCCCGUGCACUCUGUGGCUGGCACCAAUUUCUUCCGCCCCCAGCUCGGCCCUGGAUCAGCCCCAGAGGUCCACCUGGAUCUGGGCAAUUGCUACGAGGCGCUGACCUUUGCCAAGAGGGAGAAACUGGAGCCCCUGAAGGAGGCGGCCUACCAGGUGAUGAGUGACAACUACCUCCAGGUCCUGCGGAGCCCCGACAUCUACGGGUGCCUGAGCGGGGCGGAGCGCGAGCUGGUCCUCCAGCGCCGGCUCCGGGGCCGCAAGCACCUGGUGGUGGCCGACGUGUGCCCCCAGGAAGGCUCCGGCCGCCUCUGCUGCUAUGACGAUGCGCGGGACGCCUGGCGCCUGCUGGCCCGCCUGCCGCCCGAGGCUGUGUCCCGGGGCUGCUCCAUCUGCAGCCUCUUCAAUUACCUCUUCCUGGUGUCCGGUUGCCGGGGCUCGGGGCGCCAGCCCUCCAAUCGCGUCUUCUGCUACAACCCGCUGACGGACAUCUGGAGCGAGGUGUGUCCCCUGAACCAGGCUCGGCCGCACUGCCGGCUGGUGGCCCUGGACGGACAGCUGUACGCCGUCGGGGGCGAGUGUCUGAACACGGUGGAACGCUAUGACCCUCGCCUGGACCGCUGGACCUUUGCGCCGCCGCUGCCCAACGACACCUUCGCCCUGGCGCACACGGCGGCGGCGAGCGGGGGCGAGCUCUUCGUCACCGGGGGCUCGCUGCGCUACCUGCUGCUGCGCUUCUCCACCCGGGAGCACCGCUGGCGCGCCGGGCCCACCGGGGGCGGGAGGGACCGCACGGCCGAGAUGGUGGCGGUCAGAGGCUUCCUCUAUCGCUUCGACCUCAACCGCAGCCUGGGCAUCAGCGUCUACCGCUGCAGCGCCAGCGCCCGCCUCUGGUACGAGUGCGCCACGUACCGGACGCCCUACCCCGACGCCUUCCAGUGCGCCGUGGUGGACGAGCUCGUCUACUGCGUGGGGCGCCGGCGCACACUGCGCUUCCUGGCUGACUGCGUCUCGCCCAGGUUUAUGCCCGAAAUGCUGCAAGCCUUCCCCUCCCCGCAGGGCACCCUCCUGCCCACCGUCCUGACCUUGCCCGGUCCUGAUGUGCCCCAGACCAGGGUCUAGCAGCCGGUCUGCUGGGCUCCUUCUGCAAGACUAGACGCAAACACACCCCCAACCCAUCGCGGCAUGGGCCAUUCCUGGGAGAUCCGGGGGGCAAUCCCGCCUCCUCCACCCUCUGGGCUUCUUAGCACCGUCUUUGCCCUCUUCGGGCGGCAGCCCUAGUGUGAAAAUGUAACUGAGGACUGAUGCUCCGAAGCCCAGGGCGCCCACCUCUGCAGGGUUGAGCCGCACCUUGCUUGCGGUCUGAAUUUGGUGGGGAGGGGGGUACCAGGACCCCAGCAAAUUUCAGGGGCACAGCCUUCUCACAGGCCCUAUUCCAGAGGUGUUUUUGACUCCCAGUGACCCCUCAAGUUGACCCUGCUGGAUCUGGGCCAGCCCUCCCUAAGCCACCAAGGCCUCUUCCUAACCAUCGGCCACUGAACCCCAACCUCCAAGGCUCCCAGAAGCAUCUGGGACACACACAGGCGGCGAAAAUCGAGGGGGGUGGUUAGGCAGGACCAGGACAAGCCCAGGGGAGCCCCAGGGGGCCCCGCCAGAGGGAGAGAUGGUUGGAGGAGCUGCGGAGCUGAAGUUGAAGCCAUCCACGGGAACUCUUGCCUGCAGAGUGAAUUGACCAAAGCCCGCUUCGCUUUUUCUCAUUACAUGGAAUUCCAGUAUACUGGAAGGAGAAACCUUCAUGCUUAGCAUCCAUUUAUAAAGGCACAUCUGCUUGCAGGGUCUACUGAGAAUACAAUUGAUGACAAGGAAAAAAAAAUGUGAUCCAAGGGCCACCGUCCUGCUGGGCCCGUGGUUAUUUGACCCCCGCACUCUCUCCCCAGAUCUCAGAGCCCUUCACAGUACAACUGCUCAUGCCACCCAGCCCUCGCCUUGGGAGCUGGGGGCAGCCCUUCCGGGAGGUGAGGGGAUGACCUCCUUCGCCUUCCCUGUGCCUGUGGUCGCCUGGUCUGCCUCCUCAGACGGGAGAGGACUGGGGAGGGGCAGGUCCGUGAUGGAGCUGAGGAACCAGCAAGUUCUCAUGGUGUACCGGGAGGCUGGGACCUCCUUUCACAUCAGGUUUGUCAAAGCCUCAAAGGGAGGAAAGCUUCCAACCUCAGGAAGUUACCUUGUCUUCCCAGACGGAGGGGAGAGAGACUAGUCCAGUCUCUUACCGCAGCCCUGUUCCAUCCCCAAGGAGGUGCGUAUACCGACAGGAAAGCAGGCGUGCUCUUGGUACCUGCCGGAAGCCAGGAGAGCCGGGACGACUUCUAAAGUGACCAGCGGCGUCAGGGAAGACAAGAAGGCACCACGGCAGGCCCGACAGGUGGGGAGAUGAGAAUGCUCAGACUUCGCGUUCCCGUCUUGAUAAUGGAAGGGCAAUCCAUGCCCUUCUCUGCCGGGGGGAUAAAGGCGAGCACCUGGAGAAGGCUCUUCCCAAUUCCGGGGGCUCCUGGCAGGAGCUUGUGUCACUGCAGCUGCGGACUGACUGCGGAGGCUGAGCCGGGGAUCUUUUUGGAAGAGGCGGGAUUGGAACAAAGAACGAGAGCAGGUUGGUAUAGGGAUGAAGCCUUUCCUUGGACCACGGAAGCCCACCUUCCCUAUUCUAGGGCUUGGGAGGUGAGGCAGCUUAGUUUAUUUCUAAGCUGGAAGCUGGGGGAGGAAAGAUAGCUGAGACUAUGGCUGGAGGCUGAGACAGUGACCUCCUCUCCAAAUCCCCUCCACCACCAAGGCCAUGCUCAAGUUUAGAGUCAGCACGCAGUCAUGGACCUCCAAGGGACCCGGGGGGAGGGGAGACGUGAUGCCCAGCAGGGGAAAAGGUGGAGAGUCCCAUCUGGGAGCCGGGGCAGGUAGAACCAGAUCGAGGCCAGGGGCAGGCCUCCGGCAAGGAGUCACGAGAGGACAAGACCUCAGCCAAGCUGGGUGGGGCAUGGAGGAAGGCUCCAAGCCGAGAUGAGAGCUAGGGCUCGCUCUGGGAAAACCUCCAGAAGCCCAUCGCAUACAGACAGCAGGGAUCGAGGGGUAAGGCAGCGAAGCUGGUUCUGGACCCAUGGCGGUGGAUGUGGCCUCCGUGAUGAAAGGGAGAGCUGAGACUGGGCCGGGGCCGAGACAGAAUGGUGCCGUGAGGUCCUCUGCCUCCUGCCCUCCCGUGGCAGACAUCACUAACCGGUCGCCGUGUCCUUUCUUCUUGAGCUCUUUCCACCGCCUAGAACUAUUUCAGCACAGGGCCCCAGGAAGUCAUUACCAGCAGAUCAGGGCUCAUGCGUUCCUGGCCUGGGUCUCCAGAGCUGGAUUUAGGGAUGAAAGCCGUGAGGGCCAUAGUGUCAGGGCAGGGUAGUGCAGGGGGCCUGCAGAGACCUCCUGGGGCUGUGACAGUCAGGGUUCAUUUUAUUGUUGUUUAGCCACUAAGUCGUGUCUGACCCUUUUGCGACCCCACGGACUGUAGCCUGCCAGGCU